AUGUCGCUCGUGGCCGGACCAGGAAUAGGGGGAACUAAAGCGUCCAGCGAUCACUUGCCGCCUGAGCUCAGUUUGGUCGUUGAGAAACACGUCACAUAUAUUCAAAGCCUAGACUCUCGAAAAGAUGAGCUCGAUUAUUGGUUGACCGAACACCUGAGACUGAACGGGGUUUAUUGGGGGCUGACGGCUCUUCACCUCCUUGGCCACCCUGAUGCACUCCCUCGUGACAAGACCAUUGAUUUUAUUUUUGCCUGUUACAAUCAUGACGGAGGGUUUGGCGCCGCUCCUGGUCAUGACUCCCAUAUGCUGUACACAGUGAGCGCCAUCCAGAUCCUUGCUACCAUUGAUGCAUUAUCAGAAUUGGAUCAUGGAGGAAGAGGCGGGAAGAUUCGCGUUGCAAGCUAUAUUGCAAAGCUCCAAGAUUCAAGAAGCGGCACAUUUGCUGGCGACGAAUGGGGAGAAACCGAUACCCGGUUUCUGUUCACAGCUUUCCUCGGUCUCUCCAUUCUCAAUAUGAUGCAUCUUGUGGAUGUAGAUAAGGCAGUGUCCCAUAUACAAGCUUGUGCCAACUUUGACGGCGGCUUUGGGGUGUCCCCUGGAGCCGAAACCCAUGCCGGUCAGAUUUACACCUGCGUGGGAGCACUGACUAUUGCGCGACGGCUGGAUCUGGUCGACGUCGAUCGGCUGGCUGCGUGGUUGAGCGAGAGACAACUGCCCCAUGGUGGCCUCAAUGGUCGCCCAGAGAAGCUGGAAGACGUUUGCUACAGUUGGUGGGUUCUCAGUAGCCUUGCCAUGUUGGGAAAGCUGCACUGGAUCGAUUCUUCUGCACUGAUCAAAUUCAUUCUCAGAUGUCAGGACUCGCAGCAUGGCGGAAUCUCUGAUCGGCCAGGUGACAUGGUGGACGUCUUCCACACAGUGUUUGGCAUUGCAGGGUUGAGUUUGUUGAAAUACCCAGGACUCGUGGAGGUCGACCCAACAUAG